AAUAGGCUUUUUGGUUGACAAAAGAGAGAGCAGGGGAAGGGCGGUGCCGGGCGCGGAGCUGCGGGAAAUUGCACUGGGAGCCCGAAGGCUGGAAUGCACGGGCUCACGUGCUGCCCGCACAGCAACGGUAAAACGGAAGUUCUGCUCCCGCGGAGCCCAGCGUCCGGGCGGAAGCAGCGUUCUCCUGGAGCCGCGGUCCGGGGCUUGGCUACUCGGAGGUGUUGAUGUUGAAUAGCUCUUAUGACCAUAUUAAAAUGGCUGUACCCAGAGGCGCCAUCCCUUCCUUGUCGGAAUGUCAGUGCCAGAUCUGUGUGGAAAUCUUAAUCGAGCCCAUAACCCUCCCUUGUAACCACACGCUCUGUAGUCCGUGCUUCCAGUCGACUGUCGAAAAGGCAAAUCUAUGCUGUCCCUUCUGUCGUCGCCGGGUCUCUUCGUGGGCUCGGUACCAUACCCGAAAAAAUUCCCUUGUCAACAUGGAACUGUGGGAAAUAAUUCAAAAACACUAUCCGAAGGAAUGCAAGCUUAGAGCCUCUGGGCAAGAAACGGAGGAAAUCGCUGAUGAUUAUCAACCAGUUCAUCAAUUAAGUAAACCUGGGGAAUUGAGAAGAGAAUAUGAAGAGGAGAUAAGCAAGAUAGAGGCAGAGCGACAAGCCAGUGAGGAGGAAGAAAACAAAGCCAGUGAAGAAUACAUACAGAGAUUAUUGGCAGAGGAGGAAGAAGAAGAAAAAAGACAGGCAGAAAAAAGGCGAAAAGAAAUGGAAGAACAAGUGAAAAGUGAUGAAGAACUGGCAAGAAAGCUAAGCAUUAAUAUUAAUGAUUUCCAUGAAGGAAGUUUCUUGGCUUCGCCUUUGAAUUCCAGAAAAUCUGAUCCAGUCACAACCAAGUCACUAAAGAAAAGUGAAAACAAACAAAGAGAUACUGGAGGUAUUCAGAAGUAUUUGUCACCUAAAUCUCAAUCUGGGUCAUCAUCACAGUCUGAAGUUGUACAAAACGUCAGGAAAGACUCCAUAUCUAAGGAAACCGACAGUAGUGAUGUGAAGAGUUCUUUGUGGCAAGACACGGAAAUUAAAGAAGUUAUGCCAGCACUUUCUCCACAAAUAUGCCAAGAAAUUCAAGAACAAGAUACAAAGUCUUCGGUAGAGUCACCUAUGCCAUGGUUAUAUACUUAUGGUGCAGAAUGGUGCCUUGAAGAAAAAGUCAAAACAAGAUCAAACAAUCAUGAUAAAGAGUUAUGUGUCAUAAAUCAUGAGGGACCUAAAAUAAGAGUUCCCUACUCUAGAGAGGUUGCAGUUAAGCCUUGUGGCAAAACAGAGAGUGGGUGUACUAUAUCAGAUAUGACACAGAUAAUUGGAAAGAACACAGUUGAGACAGAAAAUGAAGAUUCUUGCCUACUGAUCAGUAAAGAUACUUCCAAAAGAAAAAACCAGGAAUCGUCAUUUGAAGCAGUCAGGGAUCCAUGCUUUUCUGCAAAAAAAAGAAAGAUGUUCCCCAAAUCUUCCUCAGAUCAAGAGGAAACAGAAGUAAACUUUACCCAAAGACUGAUGGAUAUGGAGCAUCUGCUUUUUGAGAGACAUAAACAAGAGGAGGAAGACAGGUUAUUAGCAUUACAACUUCAGAAAGAGGUGGAUAAAGAACAAAUGAAGCUAAACUGGCAAAAAGGAUCCCCACAUGAGUAUCAGUUACGGGCUACAUCCUCCCCUCCAGACAAAUUGCUAAAUGGACAGAGGAAGAAUUCCAAAGAGAGGAACUUCAAAGAGCGAGCUGAUAUAGGGCAUUCAAAAGCACGGAGAGGCUCAAAAGAUGAAAAUUGGCAACCUUUUAAGAUCCAGUUGAAGCAUUCUGUUAAUGGAAGAAAGAUGCCAAAUUCUACUAGAGAUAAUUGUAAUGUAUCUAAAAGUGCUCAUUCCCUACACCCUAGUAGUUUACAGAAAAGUAUUUUUCAAAUGUUUCAGAGAUGCACAAAGUAAUGCACGGGAAAAGGGAGUGUUUUAUAAUCUGGUAAAGCUGGAUUGUGAAGCCCUCUUUCUAUCAUAGAAUAUAAAUUUAUCAUUAAUUGUGGUCUGUAGGCACACUCGUUGUCUUUAAUUGAAGGACUGUGUGAUUGCAAGGGAAGAAUAUAUAAAUGUGUUUCUGCAAAGCUCAGUGAUAAGCAAGGGUCUCUAUCUUUUCCAUUGUUAAUAACUGUGAUGUACUAAGUUUGACAGACCUUGUGGAUAUCAAAAAUGCCUUGGCCAACACCAAGAAAUCUUCAAGUGCCAUUCUCUUUCCAAACAAUGCAUGUUUUAUGGCCUUUGCUCACCUUUUUGUCUUGACCAGAAAUCAAAGCAAAGUUAUAUUAUACCAAAUAGUUAAUGGACCCAUGCUAGGUUUAAAGCCUAAGUUUUCUUGCUGCUUUCUCAUAUAUUUACAGAGCACUUGAAGUGUAUCUUCCAUAACACUGAAGUUAUCUAAUAUCCAUCCCUAAAUUUUAAGUAUUGUAGCAUUUCCUUUUAUUUAAAAUGGAUUAGGAUCAAAGUUAAGUCGGAAAAUCAGAGUUUUCUAGAAAAUCAGAAAUCAGGUGACAGAAAGGAACCUAGAUUCUUUAUACAAAAGGAGUGAAGAGUUGGAAUGAGGCUGAGUUGGGUGGAUCGACAGUUUGGGAGCAUUGGAACUGAAUGUGUGAUCAGAAACUGUGUCCAGGAUGGAAUAGAACGUGUAGUUUGGCAGAGGUUCUUCCCUGUCCUUUCUUUGCUGAGUGACACAGAAAACAUUUGGGUUUUACAGCUUUUCACACCAUUAGUAUCUGGUGUCAAAAUCAAAAUUAGUUACUAAAUUACCUCAAUUUUUGUACAUUCACAUUUGUAUUAAUCUGCUAUUCCAGAAAAAAUGGGUAUUUACUGUAGGAGAGUUAUAUCACAGUAUCUUAAGUUGUGGAACCUGAAACAACCAUGUCUUUAUUUCCCUGUUAUCAUUUGUAUUGAUAUUGAUUUUUUUGUGUGUUUAUGGGCGGACAUAAAAAGUAUGAGACUUGGAUUUUGCCCUCUCUUACCCCUGAAAGUUAAAUCUUAAGACAGUGAUUUCAUUUUUGAAAUUUAAUUUAGAGACUAUCAAUCUUUUGUUUCAUUAAUGUGAACAACUUUUCACAAACAACAGUUUUAACAGCAUUUCUGCUGAUGUCGUCAUCCAUCCUUGUAAUGUAAAAAUAUGAUAAAAUGUCCUAGAGCUCAUUCUAGCUUAAAUUUAUCAACAUUUUUAUACGUCAUUAAGAUUUUUUCCCUCCAUAUUUUUUAAUUGAAAUUCUGUUAAUCUUUGCAUACUUGGUAGCGUCUACAUCAAUAUUGAUUGGGUAAUUAUGGGUAGAAUUCUGAUGCUAAUUUAAAAUUUAAUUUGCCCUUUCUCAAAAAAGAAGCGAUUGCCCUCUGAAUAAUGAUUGUGUGAAAUGAAGUAUAGUCAGAAAUUAACCAAAUUUGACUACAACAGACUAAAAUCUGUCAUAUCAAACCAGUAUUUCUCUAAGGGCAAUUUUACUUUAUGUUUUAGGGUAGACAUUGUUGGAACUCCUCGAAUUAAAAUGUAAUCUAAUUAAAUCUUCCUGGAAUACUCCAUGACCAAAGAGGGGGGAAAAGUAUCUCAUGGUGUGAUAUAUUUAGGAUUUAUAUAUUAAACCACUUAUUACUUGUCUGUGAAGAUGUCUUCCUGACUAAAGUUGGUUUUGAGAUAAAUUUUAAUUUUUCUAUUAAGUCUUUCUGCUAUCCCUACCAUAUAUACCUUUUUGUUAGAAACUAAUAAAUGUUUUGUGUCAGUCAUUAGAAUGUACUGCUACUUCUUUCUCUAAUUUUUGUGAAAGGGAUAUGAGAAUGUUUCAUUUCUAAGGGAGUACUAAAGCUGGAGAGGUUGAGAAUCUGAAAAUUAAAACAAUUAUUAAAAAUAAAAAUUGACAUAUAUUUUACCAAAAUUUAAAAAUACACAAAUACUGGCUUCAUAAAAAUUUAAAGUUCUGCAAAAACUACCACAAAACAAAAUUGGAAGACAUAGCAAACUGGGGAAGAAAUAGUUGCAGUUCAUCACAAACAGCUAAUUUCUUCUGUAUUAAGUAUCUACCAAUUCAUUAAGAAAAAGACUGACAAUAGAAAAAUUAGAAAAGUUUAUGUUCCCAGGAAACAUCACUCUCAAGAAAGUAAAUAUAGCUGAUAACACCAAGGUAAAGGGUUUGGAUCCCCGAACUGGCCAGCCAUCAGAAGAAAACAGAAACAACCAGGAAAUAUAAAUGGCUCUUAAACAUGUGAAAAGAUGCGUAAUAUCACUUAUACUAAUGCUCUACAUUUUUCCUCCCUUCAGAUUAGUAAAGACAAAGGGGUUUUUUUUUGUUGUUCUAUUUUAUUUUCUUGUUUUUGUGUGUGUAUGUGUUGUCUUUUUUUAAUCUUGGCAAGAGUGUAGGCAAAUAGGCAUUUUUAUGCAUUGCUUGGUAUGAAUAGAAAGAUAAAUAUGUAGGUGAACUUGGCAGUUACACCUCUAGGAAUUUCUUAAAGCUGUCUUCAUAUACAGAAUGAUGUACAAAAGAAUUUUGUUAUGGCAUGUUGCUAAUAACUUUUUAGAAACAACUUUAAUGUCCAUAGUAGACACUAAAGAAAUGAUGGUACGAUGGAAUACUAUAUAGCACUAAAACCUUUUUUUCCAUGGUCUACAGUGCUGGCAAAAAACCCUCAACAAACCAAUUUACUGAUAUGGAAAAAACUAUAAGAUACAGAGUUAAAUAAAAAAUACAAGAUAUAACUAGCAUAUAUAGUGUGCAACCAUUUGUCCAAAAAAGAAAUAUAUGUGUGUUUGCAUAAAAUAUCUCCAGAAGGAGAAACAAUGAUAUUGUUACCAGUGGCGAGAACUGGGUGGCUGGGAGACAGGAGUGAAAGAAUUACUUUUCACUAUAUGUUCUUUCAUACUUCUUGCAUUUUGAAACAUACUGAAUAUAUCAUUUAGUCAACAUUAAGUGCUCUUAAAAUAUUGCAAAAUAAAGUAAGCUUAUAAAUUCUCAGCCUGCACCACUCUAGAUG